GAACGGAGUCUGUUGAUAAAUAAACAAUAGCUAAAGAAAAAUGAAGGAGUUGAAUAAAAAUGAAAUAUGAGGCUAAAUCUAGAUGAAUAAAGCAUAAUAACUUACGAUGACUUGGCCAAUCUUUUCUGCCCUGUAUUCUAUUACUGUGCAUUCAAUAUUGGACUUCGUAUUCUUCAUUUUUGUUGAUGUGGUUGCAAAAGCUGUUUUGAAAGAUGCUGUGAGUGAUGAGGAAAAAAGAAGAAUCUGGUUAUUUGAGUCUAUGGUAUUAUCUGGAUUAUCGUUGCUAGUUUACCUAUUUGAUCAUAAUCCAGUUGUUCUCAUAACUUUGACAGUCAUUACUUUAUUUUACACACAGCUUCAUGGUAGAAUAGAUUUUAGAUAUUGGUGGAACCUUAUUAGUACUCGAUGGGAAGAGGCACAGCAGCACGAAGAAAGCAUGAAUCAAAGAAAAAGACAUCAGUCACAGCAGCAGAAAUCACCGCCUGGUACUCCAGUAUUACGAACUAUACCACAUCCAGCAUAUUAUCCCGCAGUUCCCUCUACAGGAGGAGGAGGUUUUCCACCAAAUGUAACAGUUUCUCCUGGUUUAGACAGAAAUACAUUUAUAAUAAACAACAACAGUGUAAUGGUGAGCGAUUCACCAGUAACAACUUAUUGAUGUUAAAGAAGAUUUAUGGUGACCUCAAUAAGAAAAGAAUACAUGAUCUGAUGAAAGCCUGUAGAAGAGAGAUUGAAUUGGCUAAUGGAUUAGAAAAUGAUUCUUAUGCUGAACCAAUCCAAAGGUUAUCAGAUUUAGAAUGGCUGACACAUAAACAUGAUAAUGAAUCUUCUGUGGAUGAUUUGUUUAAAGGCCAACUUGUAGAAGCAUAUCAUUGUUUACAGGAUAAUCAUAUCUCAGUUCAUAUGCAGGCAUUUAAUAUUCUACCAGUUCCAAUAGUCCAGCCACGUGUCAACUCUGGUCUGGUCAUGUUAGAUGAUUGUUUUACUAGUCUAUGUCAUGUUGAACAUUUAAUGGAUCAAGAUAACUUACAGUGUUCAUUGUGUACGGGUGAAUCUAUAAAUUCAGUGAAGAAAAGUCCAAACCUAACAGCUAGAACACGUUCACAACAAAUGACUAGUACCCCACAGAAUAUUCUGAGAAGUCGUGCUGACUCUGCCUUCCAUUCUCCGUCUUCUUCUCAAAUGAUGUCACCUAUAAUAGGUAUUCGAGAUAUUGUAAAUGACAGUGGUUACUAUGACAAUGUGUUUAAAACAUCGACUCCUAUUUUAGAUGGAGGAACUGGUAAUGAUAUAAAACAAUCUAAAACUAAGCAAAGAAGGUGUUUAUUACGACAGCUUCCUGAAUGUUUAACUAUUCAGUUAUUGCGUUUUUCUUACAAUCCACGUAGUGGUAGGUCGAAGAAAGUCAAGGCACCUCUAUGUAUACCAGUGAAAGGAUUAGAUCUUAGCUCUAUUAUUUAUGACAUGGUAACUGAUAGACAAGACAUGACAGCUUCAUCUGGCAGCCAUAUUUAUGAUCUCUAUGGUAUGUGUUUACAUCUAGGAAGUGAAAGUACUAAUAAUGGACAUUAUAUAAGUUACUGCUUAUGUGACGAUAAUACAUGGUAUCGUUUUGAUGAUGAAGAUGUUUGUCCAGUGAAUAUAAAUGAUGAAGUUAAUAAUCGUGAAGUGAGAGAAAAUGUUUAUAUUUUGUUUUAUAAACAAACUGAUUGUUAAUUUUGUUUGCAAAAUUUGUUUGUUGUUAUUUGUUCAUAUUUCUCUUCUUGUUAUGAAUUGGGGCAAACAAAUCGUGUUGUAUGUUUAUUAUUCAUUAAUCUAUUCCUUGUUACAUGUGUA